UAGGGUUUGAUUCUCAAGCCAUAAUCAUGUGGUUAUGCAUUUUUAGCUUGUGCACUUUUUUUUUCUAUCAUGCUUUUCCUUCCGCUCAACUUUCCACCAAUAUGCUUGAAAUACUUCAGCCGUCUGCUUGACAGCUAUCACAGUCAAAUCUUUUAAUGAUUGUGUAGUCCAUGAAAUUUUAAUAAAAUCUUACUUUUUUAUUAGGCCUGGGCACUAAAUUUCGGGGUUUAAUUUGCUGUAAGCCACAACGAUCAAAAUGAACAGUGACAGGGACUCUUAAAAUAGAUCACCAUAAUGCAUGAGUUCUGUGUUGUUGUUUUUUUUUAAAUUGUAUACAGGUUUCAUAAUUUUAUUCCAAUUGACUGAGAUCCACCUGUAGUUUUGGAAAAUCUGCGUCACAGAGAUUUUGUAAAUUCUCGGAAAACGUAGAAGCAGAGUGGGGCGUCAUGACGGGGUUUUCAACUAUGAAAAGGGUUAAACUUGUUAGCUGGAGGUGUUUGUUCAUUGUGGGAGCUUUUUAACUUCACAAAUGAGGAACUUAAGAGCACAGAGGAAGUUGGCCAAUAAUUGCAGGCUAGGUUUCUCAAUGCAGCCCUGUUUUUUUAGGAUGUUCAACAGCAAAACUGAACAUGUUAUGCACGCUCCCCCCUGAGAAAAUGAGCUUUUGCACCCAGAGACCGAAAAGGAGUUCUGUCUGUGCUGCUCGGAUUCCGUAUUACUUACUUUAUCUGUGUGUCACAGCGUGAAUGAAACUGCUGACAGUGGACAUCUUUGCACAAGCUGCUGCCUUCCCUCUGUCUGUGAAUCCUUCGAUGGCUGCUGAUGACUAUAAUCCUGUCUCCCUGAGGCACAAGUCGAAGAAGAAGCACCGAGGGGGCAAUGGUACCAUGAGUAGAAGACGAAUCUCCGUCAAAGAGCUCGGUCAACCGGACCACCAGGGCUGGCUUUACAGGAAGAAAGAGACCAAGGGUUUCCUGGGAAUCAAAUGGAAGAAGUACUGGUUUGUCCUUAAGAAGACUGCGCUCUACUGGUACACCAACCAGUUGGCGGAGAAAGCGGAGGGCUACAUUGACCUCGCAAACUUCAUGAUAGAUGUAGCCAUCGAGUGCAAGAAGAAGCAUGCAUUCAAAGCCUGCCACCCUCAAGUCAUGAUGUUUUAUUUUGCUGCCGAGAACCACGAGGACAUGAAUCUCUGGUUGAACAAGCUCGGGCUGGCCUCCAUUCAUUAUGAGCAAACGGAUCAAACCACAGCAGCUGAGUGUUACAGUGAAGAAAGCGAUCACGAAGAAGCAGAAAGCACAGAGAUCCCCCCUCCGCCGUACUCGGAGCAGACCCUACGGAACUCUGUGGAUGCAUCUAAUCCACCUGGGAGCACGCAUCAGGGUACUGUUCCACCACCAUAUUCUUCCACAGCUCCUGCAGAAGCCAGCGAUUCGCUCUCCUCCCCCGUCAGUACGAUGACGUCGCAGAGCUCCGCCUCUUCGCUCGCUAAGCAACGGCAGUCCUGGAUGGACCUUGUCUCAGAGGCGUCCUCUACUCCAGCCGGGGAGACGGCAGUGGUGUGCUCGGUCCAGGUCCACGCUCAACGACCGCCACAAGGGAGAACGGAAGUGGUGACGGUGUCGGAAAGCUCGGUUCCUCAGAGCUCCACAGACUCAAAUGGGUCCAACAAAGAGACCCCAGCAGCUCACGGGGAGGAGCAGAGGGACGUUUUAGGUCCUCAAAGUGCAGGCAAUCGUGGGAGUAGCUCUGAUGAGAUGGAAAAGCUGUACAUUCAUCUAAAGGAGGCCAGCCUUUCACCAAUAGGGGAUCGGAAACCGUCCACAAAAAGGGAAUUCAGGGCUUCUUUUGUUAAACGCUGUAAAAACCAGACCGUUAACGAUAAGCUACACCAUAUCAGGGCGCUCAAUAGCACGCUAAAGUCUAAGGAGGCGGACUUGCAGGCAAUAGAGCAGGUGCUGUCUGACCCAGAGCUUACCUCAGACAAGUUCAGAGAGUGGAAGGAAGCCAACAUGCCAUUGAUGGUGGAGAUCUGUGUCAAAGACGACCACAAGGGGGCGCCAGAGGCUGUGACAGCUGCAGCAUCAGUCACUCCUGCCCCUGUUGCAGAGACCAGUUUAUAAGAAGUCACCGUGACUUAGUUUACUGUGUUUGGACUUGGUCCUCAUGAUUACAUACACUCACUGCUGUUAUUUAGUCAGAUGACACUUCAGUUCCAUGUAAGCGCAUAUUUAACUGCUGUUUAACAUGCAUCUGUAAAGUGUUUUUUUUUUGUUUUGUUUUGUUUGUUUUGUUUUGUUUUUUUCGUUUUAGGUUUCAUAUUGACUCGGAAACAUGAGCAAUACACAUG